AUUUUCUUUGUUUAUUUUUUUAUAAAUACCGAUUUCAAAACGUAUUCCAUAACACUAACAUCACAAUGUCUACGCGUGAAAUACUCACGCUACAGUUCGGGCAUUACUCUAACUACGUUGGUGCGCAUUUCUGGAAUAUUCAUGAGCUUAGUUUUGACUACACGGGAACAGUAAAAUCUGAAGUUAAUCAUGAUAUUCUAUAUCGUGAAGGUCAGACCGCACAGGGACAAGUAACGUACACGCCCAGAUUACUUUUAGCAGACCUUAUAGGAUCUUUGAAGACUUUGCCAGCAAGUGGUGGUUUGCUAGAUGAGUCCGAAAAUGUUAAUCUACAAUGGGAUACCGUAGAGAGAAUAGCAGAGCCGGAGCACACUAAAAAUGAGUACUUAACGGACCUUGACGCUGAAACUCAAGAACCUAUAGAAGAGAAGCAGUACAAUUUUGAAGAAGAAGUUAAAACAUGGACUGACUUUUUGUACCCUCGACUUCAUUCAAGAACUGUUAAUAUUGUCAAUAAGUAUCAUCAUGGCAAUGAAAAUGAAUCAUUUGACAUAUCAAAUGCUGGAAGAAGACUCUGGAAAUCAGAUUACGGCGACACAUUCAGUGACAAUAUUCGCAAAUAUGUAGAAGAAUGUGACAGCAUGCAAGGUUUCCAUGUUAACUUUGAUUGUACUGAUGGAUUUUCAGGUCUUGCUAUGGGUUGUAUAGAACAUUUAGCUGAUGAAUACACAAAGCCUAUUCUGUCUUAUCCAAUAAUAGCUUCACAUUUUCCUGACAAUAAUCCGACAACUCAGGAAGAAAGAGACAAAUCAAAUCUAAAAGACUCUACAAGAUUGGUAAACAUUGCAUUGGCUUUGGAACAGUUAUCUGACCAUGCAACAAUGUUUGUUCCAAUUUGCACAGGGGAAAAAGGAUGGAGGAAGCCAGGAAAUUCAAGAACAUUCCAGUACCUGGAUUAUAAUCCAGAAUUAUUCUAUCAUUCUUCUGCCAUACUGGCUGCAGCUGCCGACACACUGAGUCAGAAAUACAGGCAUAAAAACAAUAUAUUUACUAUGUCUGAUGUAUGUGCUGACAUGACUGGUUAUGGAAGGAAAAUGGCUGUUGCAUCUCUAGGAAUGCCAGUUGCUUUUAAUGAAUCAGGUUAUUUAAUAGACCAUCUGAAUAAUAUUACAAAACCAAUCUAUAGUCCAAUUACUCCCAGUUGUAAAAUUGGGACAGAUAAAAUUUUCCAAUUAAUCACAGUUAGAGGUAUACCUGAAAGUUACCUCAAAGCACCAUUAAAGGAAGCCAAGGAGCAAAUGAAUUUGCCAGCAUACAGAUGUAAUACUGUACAAGAAAUGUUUGAAUUGUACUUCCAAGCAAAUAACUUCCUUUCUGCCACUAACCUCACAAUUUGCACAAACCCAUUGGAAUUGAAAACUCCCUUCCCUAGAAUAUUCUCUGAUGCAUUGAACAAAUAUGGAUUUGUCAAGGAUUAUGACAGACAAGAGAGGGUUGAAAGUUGUGCUGUUAUAGCUGGCUACCACAAUGGCCAGUUUGUAGCAGAUAUGCUAGAGAAAUUGCACAGAGAAGUGAGCAGGAUCAAAUUUUCUAAAUUACAUAAAUUUGGCGAAGAAGGCUUGGAAGCUGCAGAAUACAAAGAGAGCUUAGAUAGGUUAUUAGAGUUUAAAGAUAAUUACGAAGAUGAUUUUGAACUGUAAUGAAGUUUAAGAACACUGACAAUAAAUACAACAAUUAAAAUCCAUAAAUGUAAC